GUGUGUGUGACAGCACUGGUCCAGCCCUGUCCUCCAAUGAGAUGGGAGGCCUCAGUGGCCUCUCCCCGCCCAUGAGGGGAGUGAGGCGGCGGAGACUCAGCAGAGUUUCAGCGGAGACGGAAAAUACUUUGAUUUUCGCCCUGGGUUUCUCUCUCAAGUCGGCCGUCAUGAUCACAUCAAAACUUCCCAUCGCUCUGUUUUUAAAACGGAAAUGUUCAUGGAGACGGACAGCCUGGUUGUAGAACUACCAUGGAUACGUUACGGUGAGAGAAGAAGUUAGAAACUUUCCCCGGAUCCUCGGAGCGCAGCACAAUGGACUCCAGGCAGAGGAAGCGCUCCAGAGGAGGGAGGCUGUGGAGCAUUUGCUUGUAUCUCGCUGGCCUCUCCUGUGCGUCCGCUCAGCUCAGUUAUUCCGUAUCGGAGGAACUAAGCCCGGGUUCCGUUGUUGGGAAUAUCGCAAAAGAUUUGGGUCUGACUGCUCAGCGGAUUGAACAGAGGAGGCUGCGGGUGGUCUCAGAUUCCACAACUCAAUACUUUGAGGUAAAGCAGGCGACCGGCGAUUUGGUCAUCAAACAAAUUAUAGACAGGGAGCAAAUGUGCGAACUGAGUUUAACGUGUACACUCCACCUUCAAAUAGUUCUUGAUGACCCAUUAGAAAUCCAUCGCGUGGUGGUGGACAUUCUGGAUGUGAAUGACAACGCGCCGCACUUUUCGACCAGCAACAUUUCUUUGGAGAUAUCAGAGGCGGCCGCGCCGGGCACAAGGUUCCGCUUGGAGAGCGCACACGACCCAGACGUGGGGACCAACUCGUUACGCACGUACCAUCUGGCAGCAAAUGACUUUUUUACUUUGAAUGUGGAAACUAAAAGCGACGGCAGCAAGUUUCCAGAGCUCGUGGUGGAUAAAGCUCUGGACAGGGAGACGCAGGCCAAGUUUCGCCUGAUGCUCACGGCUGUAGAUGGGGGUCAGCCGGAGAAAUCUGGCUCAACACUUAUGCUCAUUAAAAUUCUGGAUGUAAAUGACAAUGCGCCAGUCUUUGACGAACCAGUGAAUAAAGUUAGACUAUUAGAAAAUGUUGCACAGGGCACUUUAGUCACAAAGUUGAACGCAACUGACGCAGAUUCCGGCAACAAUGGAGAAAUAUCUUUUCUUUUUAGUAAAUAUACACCGGAGCGAGUUCUCAGACUUUUCAGUGUGGAUUCUAAAAGCGGGGAGAUCCGUGUGAAGGGCGAUGUGGACUAUGAGAAGGCCAUUGCAUACCACAUCACAGUGCAGGCCAGAGAUGGAGGCUCUCCUGCUAUGGAGGGCUCAUGUAACGUCAUAGUGGACAUAGUUGAUGUGAAUGACAACGCACCAGAGGUGACACUGACGUCACUGACUAGUCCUAUUAGAGAGGACUCUGCACCAGAGACAGUGAUAGCGCUCAUCAGUGCGCGGGACCUGGACUCAGGUGUGAAUGGAGAGGUUUCAUUGACCGUCCAACAAGGUUUGCCAUUUAAACUUAUUUCAGCCUUUGGGAUGCAUUACAGCCUCAUCACAGCUGGCAACCUGGACCGUGAGACUGUCCCAGAGUACACAGUGGUCAUCAGGGCCACUGACGCGGGUUCACCACGCCUUUCAUCACAGACAACCUUUGUGGUGGAGCUCUCUGAUGUGAAUGACAAUGCUCCAACUUUCUCUCAGGAUUCAUACUCUGUGGACAUCCCAGAGAACAACGCUCCCAGUGCCCCCAUCGUAGCUGUUUCAGCCACUGACCCAGACCUUGGUGACAAUGCUCGCAUAUCGUACUCCAUCCUUCCCAGCAUGGUCCAGGGUUCAUCCAUUGCUUCUUAUGUCUACAUUAACCCAGAGAGUGGUCACAUCUACAGCAUGCGCUCUCUGGAUCAUGAACAGCUGAAUGCAUUUCGGAUUGAGGUGCAGGCCCGGGAUGCAGGGGUGCCCCCACGGACCGCCAAUGUCACUGUGCAUGUGUUUGUGGUGGAUGUGAAUGACAAUGCACCAGUGAUUGUUCACCCCUCCUACCCAAAAGAGAAAGGAUUACAGCUCACUGUGCCCCCAUCUGCAGGCCCAGGGCACCUCAUAAAUAAACUUGUAGGGGUGGAUGCAGACAGUGGGCACAAUGCAUGGCUGUUGUACUCCAUAGCCCCGGGACCAAAUGCUGGAAUGUUUCGUAUUGGGCCACACACAGGUGAGCUCCGCACAGCCCGCAAAUGGGCCGAGGAGGAAGAAGGCUCAGCCUAUGACAUUGUGGUCAUCAUUCAGGACAAUGGUGAAUCACCAAAGUCUUGUUCUGUGAACAUAACAGUAACCGUGGAUGAGAAGGGCACAGCCGUUGAUGCACCAGCAAGCCCUCGCCACACGCCCUUUUACCACCGCACAGGGAUGUCAGACAUCACCUUGUACCUUAUCAUCUCUCUAGCCUGUGUAUCAGCUGUCUCCUUCAUCACCUUUGUUGCCCUCAUGAUACGCUGCCUAAGGCACCGGAGCCCAGGCCUGGGAGGCUCUGACUGCUGCUGCUACGACAGCCACAGGUCCAGCCGCUACCAUCAGAGGCCCAGCAAGGACCUGCACCUGCAGCUCAACACUGAUGGACCCAUACGCUAUAUGGAGGUUGUGGGUGGCUCCCAGGAUCCACACACACGCACUUACAGGCCCUGCUACUCCACCUUAUCCAGCCGGAGUGACUUUGUAUUUAUGAAGACACCAAUGCUGAGUCACAACAACACACUCAACAUGACACUCAGCAGGAAGCACCUUAUGAACUCAGUCAAUGAGCAAAAACCCCCCAACAAUGACUGGCGCUUCACCCAGGGACAGCGACCAGGACCAAGCGGUCCCCACAUGCCAUACGGUACACACAUACGAUGGACGCCGAACACUGGGAAAAGGGCGACUGGAGGACCUGAGGUUGCCAUGGGAACUGGUCCCUGGCCCCAGCCCCCUACUGAAGCCGAGCAGCUCCAGGCUCUGAUGGCUGCAGCGAACGAAGUGAGUGAGGCUACGGCCACCCUGGGGCCUGGCACCAUGGGCCUUAGCACCCGCUACAGCCCCCAGUUCACUCUGCAGCAUGUCCCUGACUACCGCCAGAACGUCUACAUCCCCGGCAGCACGGCCACCCUCACUUCCAACCCCCAGCAGCAGCAGGCCACCGCCCAGCAGGCCGCCCAGCAGGCGCUUCCUCCGCCCCAGGCCUCAGCCCAGCCCGAGCCCCCCAAGGCCGCCCAGACCCCUGCCUCCAAGAAGAAGUCCACCAAGAAGGAGAAGAAGUAGAUCUGGAUGGAGAGAGGAGGAGGAGGAGGAAUGAUAAACCCGGCCUGAUCUGAUGAGAAAUUCAACCCCCCAUACCCUCCCAUUAGGUAUCUGACUGUCACUGUCACUCAUGCUAGCCACGGUCUAAAUAUUGAGAGCAAAUCAGUUUAGGCCGCAUGGACGAUGUUGAUGGUUCUUUGACAGAGUGUCUUGAAGAAUCUGAAUGUGUUGAAGGCUGUUGAUGGUGUUGAUAACCCGUGCUGUGCUAAAGGUCUAGUAUUGCUCCUGUAAUCUUUGUUGGUAGAUAUUUUUGGCAGGGUAUGGGGGGUUGUUGUGAUUUUUUUUUUCCUUUUGGCAAAAUCAAAUGAACUUGGACAAAGAGAUUCAGUGUAACGAACCUUGCUGGGAUGACAAGGCUAAUCGCAGUGAUGUAUUAAGAGAUGAAAUGUUGAUGUCUUUCAUGUUGGAUUUAUUGUUCUUUCCUGGUGGUGGAGAGUUGUAAAGUACGCUAGUUGCCAUCCAUUAGAUUCCUAUAUAGGAUCAGCCUUACAGGGUCCUAAAGCAUAAGUCCUGUGGAUAUAAGGCUGUUGUUCGACAGGUAUUACAAACUCUUCUGCAUGCUCUUUAAGGUUCAAACCACAUAUUCUAGUUUAGAGUUACAAACUAUGCAUUGCAAAAGCAAAGGGGAGGACAACAGGAGUCUAUUAUCCUCCCUUCAAUCGCAGGUCAACAUAAUGCACAUGUAGCAUUUAUUUGACACAAAAUGAAAAUUACUUUUGUAAUCAUAGUUUAAAAAAAGAUACGAUUUUAAUCUCCUGUUAUUUUUUAUGACCUGAGCAUGCACCCAGAGGACGGGCCGGUAGAGGGUGGAGAGGCACGGCAUUGUUUAACGGAGUCACGAGCUGUGCUGUCCGUGCAGGUGGUGUAACAGCAGGGCCCCGGCUUCUGGUGUAACACGUCCAGAUGGGCACAGACAUGUCCUGCACCCUGUACCGUCCCCUCUUCCUACCCAGCUCGUGUCCUCCCCUCACUCACUGCCCCACGUUGAGAGCCAAACAAAGUGAAAUGCACUGUUCGUAUUCUGAAGAUGAGAUGCUGUAGGGGGUAGGAUAUCACUUUGGUCGUUAAGGAAAGCAUAGAUGUGGUGAACUUAAGUGCUUAGGUGUUUCUAGACACUUUGCAGGCCUCUAGGGCCAGGGCGGAGUAUUUUCCCUCACUUUCCUAAAGUGCUGAAGAAACGUAUUGAUGUGACACAGUAACACGCUUUUUUUUCUUUGGGAGAUAAUGAUUCAAUAGCAUAGAGGAAUUGUUUGUAUAAGAAAUGAAAUCGUCUUUACGUUGCCGUCCAUCUGUCUGUCAGGGCCCUGGCCAGCCAUACAACUGCAUGAGGAAAGGCAGCUUGCACGCUGGUUCGGGGGGAGUAGAGAUGGGGUGUUGUGGUGAAGGGUACACAGACUGAGGUGGCACCAUUACACCAACCAAGAGGGUGGGGAACAACCUUGGCUCUACCCACUGAAUGUACAGAGGAACCACUGUUGACCCGCCCAACCCGUAAACUUUCUCUAAUGCACUGACCCAGGUAGAGGUCAACAGAGCCAGGCACAGCUGUCCCUGUAGGGGAGGAGACACCACUCCAGAGCCCUUUGAAACAUCCUUCUCCACUGAAAAGGAACCUCAGCCUCUGUACCGCUCACCUCUCCCCUCCACUCCCCGGCCCUGUGAGGCUCUUCCCACUGUAAAUAAACACAAGUCCUGUCGAUGGUAUGAGCCAGUUGUUUGUAUAGUAGGGACCACGUCCAACAUUUUCAAAAUAAAAGUCCCUCUCCACAAGGCGUGGCUUACUACUGGAAUGUGUUGCAUUUUGUUUUUCAAGAAAAAUAAGAAAAACCACGGUUUAAAAAAAAAAAAUCAAUAAUGAAUAAAAAAUCUGAGAUGUUCUUCAACAGUUUGUGUUGCAAUGUAGUAACUAAGCACCAUGGAAGCCAACUAACUCUUCAGUGUAAAUAAUGAAUUAAAGAUAACUUUAGAUAAGUAAACAAAGUGACACACGUAGACUAGUUAACUUGUGAUAUGUGUUGCGCAUAUUUUUGUGUUCAUUUUCUCUCUACUAUCUUUUAUCACCCUGUAAAGAAACAAAACAAAAAAAUAUGGAAAAUGUUUCUAUCCUUCUGUAACCUCUUAAUGUUCUUUUGCGGUGAUUUUAUCUCGUGCAUUUGUGAAAGAAUGCCUCUCAUUCUCUCUUUCUGUCCAUAUGAACAAAUGAUUAUAAAUAUUAUAUAUGUGUAUGUCCGUCCGCUGCUGAAUUAAUACUGCUCUAUCCUGCUGUAUUAUCUUUCUUAUCAAAUGCUUAGCCCCCACGCUACCCCUGUGUUACUCUCUUAUUUUUAUGCUAAUAUUUAUAUUGCUGUUUUAUUUUCUCUUGGACACUGACAUUUCAAAUAAAAAGAUUCUGAAAUCAUUUAAGAAA